AUGAUUGCAGGAAUGAAGGAUUUAUCAUCCUGUAUAAAUAUUUUAGAAAUAAAAAUCAAUUUAUUGAAACGUUUCUCCUUUUCUCCUUCCUCUAUAGCCCGUGCUGCAUUGCUAACAGGUCGUCUUCCCAUUAGAAAUGGUUUCUACACAACAAAUGCUCAUGCUCGAAAUGCAUAUACACCACAGGAAAUUGUGGGAGGAAUCCCUGAUUCGGAGAUCCUUUUGCCAGAACUCCUCCGGAAGGCAGGAUAUUCCAGCAAAAUCAUUGGGAAGUGGCACUUGGGACAUCAAGCCCACUUCCACCCCCUGAAGCAUGGAUUUGAUGAAUGGUUUGGGGCUCCAAACUGUCACUUUGGACCAUACAACAAUAAGGACAAACCCAAUAUUCCUGUCUACAACAACUCAGAGAUGGUUGGCAGGUAUUACGAAGAAUUUAAGAUUGAGUCAAAAACUGGAGAAUCCAACCUCACUCAGAUCUAUUUACAGGAAGCAAUUGCAUUUAUCAGGCGACAGACAGCCAAGAAGCAGAACUUCCUCCUUUAUUGGGCUGUUGAUGCAACUCAUGCACCGGUCUAUGCAUCAAGAUCUUUCCUUGGAACAAGUCAGAGAGGCUUAUAUGGGGAUGCAGUCCGUGAAAUAGAUGUCAGCAUUGGGAAAAUCCUACAGGAACUGCACACCCAAAACAUCGCCAACAGCACAUUUGUGUUUUUCACAUCAGAUAAUGGAGCUGCACUCGUCUCAGCCCCCAAUCAAGGUGGGAGUAAUGGCCCAUUCUUAUGUGGAAAGGAGACAACAUUUGAGGGAGGAAUGCGGGAGCCUGCAAUUGCCUGGUGGCCAGGACGCAUACCUGCUGGACAGAUCAGUUAUCAGCUGGGUACUGUCAUGGACCUAUUCACAACCAGCUUGACACUGGCUGGGCUUCAACCACCCACUGACCGGCAAUUGGAUGGGAUUGAUCUUUCACCUGUGCUGUUCCAGAAUAAGAUUAUCAGCAGAUUUCAGGGAAUUAACUUCUGCCCAGGACAGAAUGUGACUGGUGUCACAACACAUGAUCAACGGGACUACACCAUCCAACCCCUGCUGUUUCACCUCGGGAGGGAUCCUGGAGAGAGAUACCCAAUCAGGUUUUCCCAUCAAGAGUAUGAGACAGCAAUGAGAAAGAUCUCAAACAUUGUGCAACAUCACAGAUCCUCGUUGGUGCCAGGACAGCCACAACUAAAUGUCUGUGACCAGGCUGUUAUGAAUUGGGCACCUCCAGGUUGUGAAGUGCUUGGCAAAUGUCUGAAGAUUCCUAGGUCUAACCCAUGGAAAUGUAACUGGCCACAUUAACAUUAUUUACAGAGGUCACAUUUAUUCUGUUCACACUGGAUUUUAGGGAGUCAUCAUCAAUAUUUCAAGGAGAACCAUCACCCAGUGAGAGUCAGCACCUUCAGCAACUGUAUCCCAGUGAGAAUCAGCACCUUCAGGAACUGUAUCCCAGUGAGAAUCAGCACCUUCAGGAACUGUAUCCCAGUGAGCGUCAGCAUCUUCAGGAACUGCAUCCCAGUGAGUGUCAGCAUCUUCAGGAACUGCAUCCCAGUGAGAGUCAGCACCUUCAGGAACUGUAUCCCAGUGAGGGUCAGCAUCUUCAGGAACUGCAUCCCAGUGAGAGUCAGCACCUUCAGGAACUGCAUCCCAGUGAGAAUCAGCACCUUCAGGAACUGUAUCCCAGUGAGAGUCAGCACCUUCAGGAACUGUAUCCCAGUGAGAGUCAGCAUCUUCAGGAACUGUAUCCCAGUGAGAGUCAGCAUCUUCAGGAACUGUACCCCAGUGAGAGUCAGCACCUUCAGGAACUGUAUCCCAGUGAGAGUCAGCACCAUCAGGAACUGUCUUGAGUAUACUUAAUUAUCCAACCUCAACAGCUCUCUGCAAGAACUCCCCUCGGAGAGAAGAAAUUCCUCGUCAUCUCUGUCUUAACUGGGUGAUCCCUUCCUUGGAGGUUGUGUACUUUGGUCCUAAACUCUCCCACCAGGGGAAACAACAUCACCACAUCUGCAACAUCAAAUCCCUAAGAAUCUUAUAUGUUUCCAAACAUUGUGCUCUCAUUAAUUUAAAUUCCAAUAACUGUAGGCCUAACCUACUCAAAGUUUCCUCAUAAGAAAAUCCCUCCAUACCUAGAAUCAACCUGGUGAAUGUUCUCUGGACUGCCUCCCUAUUUUUAUACUUCAUUCCAUUUGAAAUAAAGGCCUGCAUUCCAUUUCCCUUCCCAAUACGGGAAGGCACGAUUGGGUGGCACAAUGGCUCAGCCGUUAGCACUGUUGCCUCACAGCGCCAGGGACCCGGCUUCGAUUCCACCCUCGGGCAUCUGUCUGUGUGGAGUUUGCACAUUCUCCCUGUGUCUGCGUGGGUUUCCUCCAGGUUCUUCGGUUUCCUCCCACAGGCCAAAGAUAUGCAAGUUAGGUGGAUUGGCCAUGCCAAAUUGACCACAGUGUUCAGGGAUGUGUAGAUUAUGUAGGUUAUAGGGGGAUGGGUCUGGGUGGGAUGCUCCAAGAGUCGGUAUGGACUUGUUGGGCCAAAGGGCCUAUUUCCACACUAGGGAUUCUAUGGAUACCUGAUAAACCUGGAUGCUAGCUUUUUGUUCGUUUAUUCCUCAUUUAUUCAUAAGGUCCCCCAAAUCCCAAAGUUAUUAAUAUGUAUUGGAAAUAAUUAUGGCCCCAACACAUCCCCAUUGUACUGCCCAGUUACAUGUUGCCAUCCUGAAAAUACCUCUUUUUUUCCCAGCUCUAUCUUCUAUCCAUAGUAAGAUACUACCUCCAACACUAUGGGUCUUCGCUUAUUAAGUAGCCAUAUUCGUGGUACCUUCUCAAAUGCCUUUUGGGAAUCCAAAUAUAUUACGUGAACUGGUGCCGUUCUAUCUAUCCUGCUUGUUAUAUCCUCACUGAGAUGUAACAAACUUAAUAGACAUAAUUUCCCCUUUAUGAAGCCAUGUUGACUGUGCUUGAUUGUAUUAAAUCUACUAUUAGAUCCUUCAUAAUGGACUCUGAUGUUUUCCUGUUCUACCUCACUGGGGUACCACACUGUAAAUCAAGCCUUGCUAAUCUUGGACUUGUCACAAUAAUUAAAAUUUUCAGAAGUUUGCAGAAUUCCCUAAUUUUCAUUUCUUUUAGGCCUGGGUUGUCAAAAAGCACAGCCCAGGAUUCUGUAUUUAACAAGAAUGAGUACUUGUAACAAAUAAAUAGAUUCUAAGUUCAGACAAACAAAUCUGAACCAUUGA